CGCCUAGUUGCUAAAAAGAAAGCAGCUCAAACUAAGCUCAAAAAUCUGUAAUUAAGUAAAUUUCAAACUGGACCGUGCGUAAACCACGAGUUAAAACAUUUGCUAAUUCAAAGACGUUCAAAAUUUUUAUUCUUUCAAGUAUAACAAUAAGCCAUGGCAAUUGAGCGACGUGGUUUCAACAGUGCCAUAUGGGGUACAAGUUACAAUCAGUUCUUUGGAUACCCCCCUGAAAGCUUCAGGUUCAUUGAACCCUACACGCCUCAUGUUGACGCACUGAAAGAGACUCAGUUGCGCAAUGGAGCUCAAGCGGCGACGGAGUCUUCCGAGAAGCCGAAGUACUUGCCGCUAGCCGAUUGUGCGGUGAGUCAUGGGGCUAGGUGUAUUCUGGCAGCAGCUAACGCCAUUGAUAUGGACCCUUCAUUUGUUGCCAAAUACAUUCAAGUGCAGCCUCUCAACGUUCAAGCGGAUGGAACCUUCGAUCCCUUCUGGGUGAAGCUGAUCAAAAUCGAAUAUGGCUUCGAGGAGGAAAUACGAGAGGCGGUGGCUAUGAUGAAAUACAUGUGUACCAAAUUCUCAGGCUCCGAUUGUUAUAUCUACCCGACAAGUAACAUCAACCGAAUCUUCAAAAUCGACUCCAAACUCAGUUUCGACCUGACUCAAAUGCAGCCGAGUAUUUUGACUUUCGUCGGUGAAGCUGUCAAAUCGCAUUCUAUGCCCAAAAUGAACCCUCUGAGCUCGGUUUUCAAGAACCUCGCUGAACUUGAGGCGAUUCUGAAACGACAGAAGUACGUUGCCGAUGAUCAAUUGUCGUUGGCUGACAUCUCUAUGGUUACGUCAGUGACUAUGCUCGAAAUCGUUCAGUUCGACUUCUCAGAUUUCAAGGCCAUUCAAACAUGGAUGCGUUUGGUGAAGAGUCUGCCGUUUUAUCGAGUGUCUAACUUCAGCUUCGAGGACUACACCAAAGAUGCGAUUAGCGCACUUAGCAAAUAGAUUAGAAAACAUCGAUUCGCUUAUUGCAGAACUUGAGCUUUAGGGUGCUUGAUAUUUCAUUUAUAAAUCAUUAACACAUCUAUUUACGCCAGUACAUGCGGCAAAUCUUAACAAUUACUAUUGCCUACAAAUUCAAAAAUUCUCCCUUGAA